UCUACGUACCAGGUUCAAAACAGCCACUCUACCACUGCUGUGCAUACAGCGGCCGCCCCCGCCCUCCGCCCACACCCCCUCCCACGCUUAGGUUGACCUGGGAAGCCCACGGAAACCGCGAAGGAGCCCAGGCAGGCCCAGCCCAGAGUCAAAAGAAGGAGGGGGAAGGGGGAAAAAGCCAGUAUCUCCCACCCCCGGCAGAGGGGGCGGGAAGCCGAGAGCUGCGGGAGCGGGGCAGCUUGUUGGACUUUGUGCAGCUGCUGGGAGAGCCGAGCUGCGAAGAUGCUGCUCCCGAGAAGCUGGCGCGCUGGACUGCGGCUGCAGUUUUGGGCGACCCUGAUCGGUUUGCUGAGUUUGCUGUCCCAAGAAGGAGCAGCAGAUGAAAGUGAUAACCUCCAGGAAACGACAGUGCUGCCAGAAAAUGACUUCAAUCUUACCGUUUCUACAUGGAAAGGAACAACUAAAGAAACCCCUAGGAAUACCAACCCCAGUCCAAGCCCUAGCCUUGGCCCCAGCCUUGGCCCCAGCUCCAGCCCUAGUCCUAGUUUCACUUCCCUGAAGAGCAGCCCAGCUCCAGGGAGUACACAGUCAACCACACCUAACCCAGAGACCUCAGAGCCUGAAACUCAGAGUCCCAUAUCUACCUCUGGAGUCAGCCUAACGUCUGGAGCUGUGAACACCUCUGCCCAAAAUGAGAUCCUUCCCGCCACCAUGGUGCCCACCAACCUGACAACAGCCAAUUCAUCUUCUCCAGAGGCGACAGUAACGACCAGCAUGUCUGAGACCACAUCAAGUCCACUCUCCAAUGGUACCAACACUACAACCAUUUCUACAGCACCAUUGCUGACUAGUAUGGUUCCGGUUAUAAUUGAGAAACACAUCAAAUGCUUAAAAAUCAAACAAGUACAAGCAUUGAAGGGCAUCUGCUUGGAGCUGAACGAGACCUACAGUUGUGAGGAUUUUAAAAAGGCCCAGGGAGACAACUUAACUAAGGUGGUUUGUGAGCCUAAGGUGUCUGAGGCAGAAGCUGGGACCCAGGACUGCUCCCUAAUCCUGGCUCAAUCUGAAGUAAAUCCGAGCUGCCUCUUCUUGGUUCUGGAUUCAAAAGGUGACAUUACUCACAUGCUCGAAGUCAUGAAUAAGCACAAGUCUAACCUGGAAAAGUUAGGGAUCCAGGACUUCCAGGAGCAGGACAUCCGGAGUCACCAAAGCUAUUCCCGAAAAACACUGAUUGCCCUGGUCACCUCAGGUCUCCUGUUAGCAGCUCUGGGCACGGCUGGCUACUUCCUCAUGAACCGUCGGAGCUGGAGCCCUGCAGGAGAGAGAUUGGGAGAAGACCCCUAUUACACGGAGAAUGGUGGAGGCCAGGGAUAUGGUGCAGGCCCUGGGGCCAGCCCUGAUUCACAGGAAAAGGCCAGUCAGAACCGAGGGGCCCAAGAGAAUGGGACCAGCCAGGCCACAUCCAGCAAUGGCCACUCGUCCAGACAGCACGUGGUGGCUGAUACAGAACUGUGAUGGGACAAGGAAGGGCUUGGAGCUGGUGGGGUGAGGGCAAAGACCAUCCCCCCAGAGAGCUCUAGGCUCCUCCCCACCCUUCCCUCCCUGCUGUCCAUGUAGUACACCAGUUCCCAAAUUGUUCUUACCCUUUAUCAUUCUCCCUCUCCCUCUCACUACACAUAGCUUUUUUUGUGUUCCUAGGUUGGGCUGGGGGAGGAAUUUCUCUUAUUACCAGAUCCCCAGGUCAGUGGUGCCUCUUUACUACUCUGGACAGCGUGCCCUGCUGGGGACCCUAACUCUUACCUUGGUCUAUUUGGGGCCAGGGUGUGACAAGAAAGAGCUAAGGCUCCAGAACCCAUAUAUAGUACUAUAUAAAUAGGGACUGGGCUCCUGGGGCAUGAGCCAAGCUCCAGAUGAAUCUCUCUCCCUGAUAGACCAGAGAGUUAGUACCUCUGCCACCCUGGUCUCUCUCCCCACCUCUACCUCCCCCUAGGGCCCCACUCUCCUACUGCUAAUUCCUAGGAAGAGAGGAAAAGUUGGGGCUGCCAAUGCUUCUGUGUAGGAUGCCCAUUAUUCCGGGCUUUCCCUUCCAUUUUCUUCCUUUCUUGUAAGGAAGCCACAUUAACCACUUUCUGUCCUUCCUGCCUACUUAUCAAGACUAAACAACUUGUUUUUCCCCAAAUGUUUCCCUCUGUCCUCCUACAAAACAGAAUUGGCUGUCCUUGCCUUCCCUCUUAAGCCCAAUACAGCCCAGCCAUUUCUCUUGUAAGCAAAUAUGCCCGUGGGCAGCUCUCUGUGAGAUGGGGAUUAGAACUAACCAGAUUCUUAAAUUUUUUUUUUUGGUCUGUACUCAUGCAUUUGUAGGUAUAUACUGGUAUGUGGGGACGUAUCGGUGAUAGCAAAUUGUGCUCAAUCUUGGCCUCCUCUGGGGAAAGUGGUGGGGGGAGUAGAGAUCACAAACCUCUUCUUGGGCACAGGAAGCUGGGCCGAGGGGUGCGGCCUGUUGGCAGCUCCUGUGGCUUCCCUAAGAAAGUGCCCAAACGAGAGCCUUGGAAAGGCAAGAUGACAUUAUUUCUGACUGUCACAGCCUUGACCUCCUCAUCUGUAGCUCUCAGGAGUUUAUACUAGUGCCAUCCCUUCAUGAGCCUCGCUCCCCCAGUUCCCCGUGCCUCCACAUCCCUUUCACACCCAACACUCUUUGCUCACCACCAGGAGUCAGCCUCUUGGGAGAAAAGGAUAGAAUAGUUCUGGAGAGGGAGGAAGCAAGAGUCCCUGGGUUCAGCAGCCCUUAGAAGCUAUUACUUUCCAGAGGCAGGGAAGAGGGUUGUAAUUUUUGGGGUUUUUUCCACCUUGAGAAAAAAUGUUUGUAAAUACUGUAAUUAAAGUGAUAGUAAAAUGGGUAUGUUUCUAUCGCUCA